CGUGUGGUAAUUGGAUUCAGGUGGGACAUCCAGCCGUCCAGCAGCAAGCUAUGCCUAUAGGAUCAGGAAGUAGAGUCCAGGAUGUGCCUGUGCAUCAAAAAUGAAGCCCCCUCAGGGGGUCUGAAGAAGGAGCCUAUUGAGCCUGCUACAUCUGACUCUGCUCUCCAAGCUUCAUUUUUGAUGCACAGGCACAUCCUGGACUCUACUUCCUGAUCCUAUAGGCACAGCUUUCUGCUGCUGUGCGGCUGGAUGUCCCACCUGGAUCCAAUUACCACACGAUAAGUC